CUAAGGGCCUUCUAUUCCAAUUCUUGUGCACUCUGUCGUCGUUAUCAGUCUUCUCUGGCUGCCAAGCACUCAUUCUGAAGCAUUCCUGGCCAUACUCCGCCAAUUACGAACUGAGCAGUCUUGUGUUAUUUACUUCGUAGGUAUGACAUCGCCCUCUUCUGCGGUGAUUUGGGCUUCUCGGCCAGCUUAGCCGCCAUCGCGACCUGCGUCGCAUACUGCCAUUGUCCCAGAACCGUCUAUAUCACACAUUCUAUCUUCAAGGCCACUCUCGAGCGCUGUACUAGUCUAGUGUUCGUCUCGGGUAGCCUAUGAAUUGAGUGAGGCCAGCUCCGAGCCUAUUGACGAGUGGUACAAACGCUUAUUGCGUUGAUGGUACCUUGGGCACAGCGCAAUUAAGCCUAUCUAUGGAAGCAGCUAUGUUUGUCCUUCCACCACCCCCAAGAUAUCCGACGAGCCAGCUCGUGGGUGUUGGUGGUCAGGCAUUAAUAGAGACGAACAAUACAUUGACGAAACCGUCCGGUUCCGAGUUUCAACUAGUCGUCGGUGAAGGUACUUACGUUCUUCGAGACGAGCUCUAUCUUGCAACACCUCCUCCUCAUCCAUCGGAAGCUCCAGUCCAUAACCCUAAUCCGCUGGCUACUACUAUCGCACCUCCAACAGCUGGCGUAAGACUGUCCCUCACUAUCCUAACUCCUCGGCAAGGAUAUGUAUCAAGCCUUUACAGAUCAAACACUACAAAUAGAACAGUUUCGCCGUUCCCUGAUAGCAUACAAGAGCAUCCGAAUGAAUCCCAGAGUCAAGCCAGCGAUGCGGGAUCACACUUACAGGCCAACGGCUCUCAUAACCAUUCAUACGGACGAAGUACCGUCUUUGGAGAUGGGAAUCCUGCAUUGGCAAUACCCGUGGGAAAGGACUCGAAAGAUCCCUCAAAGAAGAGAAAGCCGAAGAGUAAUAUGAUUAAAAGCAACUCGUCUUUCGUUUCACGGGUCAUACCACAUGAUGCGUUGACUAAACGCCUGAACGAGCGUUCGCCAGAGGGCAUAAUGGCUUUUGCGAACAUAAAUCGCGCCCUACAAUGGCUUGAUCUAUCUUCAUCGACAACAUUCCCAAAGGAAGAACAUUUGACAAAGAUACUUUUCACCAAAGCUCACCCUCUAUGUCAUGACAUCAACCAAAUCACGAAGAGCACGACUCAUAUUGAUCUCGUCAUGGGGUUUUCGACUGGUGAUGCGAUAUGGUACGAGCCAAUUACCCAAAAGUAUGCGAGACUGAACAAAAAUAGCUCAAUCAAUGGUUCUGCCAUGUCUUGUAUUCAAUGGAUACCUCAUUCUGAGAACAUGUUCUUGGCUGCUCAUAUGGAUGGAUCUUUGGUAGUGUACGACAAAGAAAAGGAGGAUUCGCCUUUCAUAGCGAAGGACACACCGACGUCCGCCGUUGACAAGCCGGCUGAUCCAGCGCAUCCGAUAUUGUCCGUCAAGAAGUCAGUCCAGUCGAGUAACCAGAAAACAAAUCCUGUGGCCUAUUGGAAGGUGUCCAAUUCGAGAAUCAAUGCAUUUGCCUUCUCCCCCGAUGAUCGUCACCUUGCAGUAGUGUCCGAGGACGGCUCUUUGCGUAUAAUUGACUUCCUCAAAGAGACUCUCUUAGAUGUUUACUCAAGCUACUACGGCGGACUGAUGUGCGUGUGUUGGUCACCCGAUGGAAGGUACGUCGUGACAGGGGGACAGGACGAUUUGAUCUCAAUAUGGUCGCUGGAGGAAAGUGCGAUUGUCGCACGCUGCCAAGGUCACAACUCUUGGGUAACGGCCGUGCAAUUCGAUCCCUGGAGAUGCGAUGAGCGCAACUAUCGUUUUGGGAGUGUUGGGGAAGACUGCCGGCUGCUGCUCUGGGACUUCAGCGUCGGCAUGCUCCAUCGACCUCGAGCAGUAGCUGGUCGACAAGGAAGCAUUACCUCACCGCUACCCGGGAAGAUCGCCGGACGGCUUCGUUCGAGUUCCAAUUUAACGUCCGUGAGUAUAAAUGGAGAUGAAAUCGUGCAUCCAGUGGAGUCCAGAGCACGGACAGCUAUCCUUCCGCCAGUCAUGGCCAAGACGAUAGAUGACCAUCCGCUAAGCUGGCUGAGUUUUGAGAGCGACUGUAUCGUCACUACAUGCAAGAACGGUCAUAUACGCACUUGGGAUCGACCUAAAGACAGCAGCGAAGAGCCGAUCUAAUAUACAGGUACACCACGCUAACUUGUAGCCCGACGAUUGCCAUAUAUGACUGCAGACUCCAAAUGCUGUUGGCAGUAACGAAGACAGGCCCCAUGCUUCACUCAGCCGCCUUUACGUACGGGCAUAGCACGGUAUUGAUUUUUUAUCGUUGCAGUAGUGGCAGAAUAAAGGCCGCAUCAUGAUCGAUGUGCGAUAGAGGCACAAGCGGAAAAUUUUGUAGAUAAGCGGGCACCGAAGUCUGACGCCACGCCACUAUUAGACUAUCAGGCUAUCAGAAUGACAAGGAUGUAAGAGACUUUACAGACAAGUGGCGCUUGCGGGCGCGAGCGUCUGAACAGCACGCCGAGAUUGCUUGAUCCAAACUGCUGAC